AAAUUCGGAAAAUUUUGUUAAGAACAUGAGUUCCUAUUUGACGUAUAAACCCUUGCCAACCUCACAUGGAGUGCUGACAGAUUACAACACGGCAUAUCCUUCCUCGGCGGAAGAUGAUAGCUCCCAAUAUUUGGGCAGCCCCAGUUAUCACCUGAACACCAAUUCUCCACUGAAUUCAACACCUUAUGUGGGAAAUGCAACAGUCUACAUGGAUAAUUGGACAAUGGGCAAUACCAUGGUUACCUCCACACCCAAUGGCGGAUAUUAUCAUCACCAACCUCUUCCUGCAUAUUCACUGGAAUCUCAGUUAACACCAAAUCAAAGUUCCACAGAAUUGAGCAGUGAAAUCAACUCAAACCCGAAGACCAAGUCAAGCAACAAAAAAGAAAGGAAACCCAAAAGUCGCACCAAUUCCACCUCCUCGAAAAAGUCUAAUAGCUCUGAACCACCAAAUCCUCCCAGUCCUACGGUGUUGAAACGACGUCGUCAAGCAGCCAAUGCCCGGGAACGUAAACGCAUGAAUGGUCUAAAUGAGGCAUUUGAUCGGCUGCGUGAAGUUGUGCCAGCUCCCGACUUGGAACAAAAACUCUCCAAAUUUGAGACACUACAAAUGGCCCAGACCUAUAUUUGUGCCCUCAUCGAUAUGCUCGAGAAUGGCAAUGAGUCUUCGGAAAUCAACUACAACAGCCUGUACUCUCUGGAUGGCAAUUCCUGCCUGUCAUCACCAGCAUCGAUAUCACCCUGCACCCCACCACCACCACCUCCCACCGGCAACAAUUUUCAUUCGUUUGGUCGAGAUUUAAGUCUGCAGUGAUUUGCCAUGCCGAGAAUUUUUUUUCUCGCGUUACAUUUCUUGUUCCUUGGCCAUCGUCAAUUCCCCGGCUAGCCUAACUGCAGCAGGUUAAGGUGA